AUGGCACCUGCUGCUGAGAUGACGAAUUUGAGCCAGAUGCCCAUGAUGCCUCAGCCCAGCCAGGUCAUCGUCUUGGUCGAUGCAUCCACCUUUUCUGUCACUCACGCAGCUCCUGUGAGUUAUGUGACCUGGUGUCCUCAACCUGGUCCAUGUCAGCCGGGCUUCACCCAACAUCUGCAGCUUCCAGUGAUGCCUGCGGCCGCUCCAACCUCCCCCUGUGGCGCCCCCUGUGGUCCCAUUGCGCCCUUGACCGCAACGCCUCGCACCGACGUCCCCAGUGACGACAGCGAGGAGCGAAGGCAGGCCGCGCCGCGCUGCACGGCCAGCACGGCCCGGCGGCUGAGGCGAAAGCGGGCCGCGGAGCGGGCGAAGAUCGCGAACGCCUCCGGAGCGCCGAAGGUGGACUUGGACGAACUCCGUGCGCAACUCAAAGAAGAUCCAGUGGCCGCGUUGCAGAUGAUGAAAGGUCACGUUUGGGCUUGGUCGCGUAACGACCUGGGCUGUCGCCUGGUCCAGGAAGCCCUGGAGACCGGCGGCCGCGAGGCGGCGGAGCUGGCCACGGAGCUGGAGGGCCACGUGCUCGAGGCAGCCAUGUGUCCCCAUGCCAACUAUGUGAUCCAAAAGGUGGUCUCCCACCUCUCCAGCGCAGCCUCCCGCUUCGUGGCCUUGGAACUGCACGGCAGCGUGGUGCGUGUGGCCAAGCACCGCUUUGCGUGUCGUAUCCUUUGCAGGCUCUUGGAGUUCUGUUCCUUUAGCGUAACAUCAGCACUGAUGGAUGAACUGUUGGUGGAUGCUGCAGAGUUGUGCACCCAUAACUUUGCCCAUCACGUCAUGGAAUCCAUCUUGGAGAAUGGCGAGGAACGCCACAAGAAGUUGGUGGCAGAUGUGUUGCUGGUGGAUCCAAGGAAGUUUGCCACCCACAAGAAUUCCAGCUAUUUGGUGGAAAAGGUGUUGAGCUAUUGCAGCCAGAGUGAGCAAGAUGUUCUUGUGGCCAAACUGGGGCAGCCGGAGAUGAUUCUGGACCUGGCCCUCACCCAGUUCGGUUGCUACGUUGCACGAGCCAUGCUGCGUGAUACCCGAGUGAACUCGGACGCAGCCAUGCAACUCAUUCGGGGACACCAGUCCAAGCUGGAGGAGACCCCGCAUGGACAGCGUUUUUUGGUGGAUAUCGGCUUGAUCCAACCGUAUCCCGUUGGAUCCAUGGUGGCAGGAAAGAACAGAUACACCCGCAGCUUGCCAGAGGGCGGCAGGGUAACUGGCACGUGCUUGAAGAAGCGUGUGCAAACUUGCAUCAACCCCAACGCAGUCCAACACAUCAAAGUGGCCCUUGAGUCGAGAUCUGGAGCCUUGAGCGCUCUGGAGAAAGGAGGCAUCAAACGUCAUGGAUUUAAUGAAUAUCAUGCUCCUGAUUGGAAGAGGAUCAGGCCUGCAGUUUCUGAAGUCUGUGUGGGGGGAGCUGUUUGGGAAGGAG